AUGAGUAGGAAGAGAUCAAAAAUGUCUUCCAGUGGCACUCUCAGUAACUGCUAUGUGGACGCUAUCAUGGGGCAGGAGCCGGAGGAUGUUUACGGCGCUCGCUUUCUCCAGGCUCCACACCCGGUGACCCCGAGGCCGUCAGGUGCCGGCGACAACGCAGACUUCUCCUCAUGCAAUUUUGCACCCAAGUCCGCCGUCUUCCCCUCGUCGUGGUCCUCGAUUCACCCGCAAGGGAUUUAUCAUCCGUACGCGCACCACCACCAUCACCACCACCAGUCCCCGCAUCUGCCCGCGUCGGACGGACGAUACGUGGGCGUCCGCUCCUGGAUGGACCCCAUCUCCAACCACGUUUCGUUCGCCGGAUUCCACGCCAGCAGCCGCUCGUACGGGACAAAGCCCGAGGUGCUGCCGCCCAAAGCCGCCGCGGAGUGCGACUCGUUGGAGGCAGAGGCUCGGCCGCUGGAGUUCCCGAGUGCAGCGUCGGAGUGUCCGGAGAAGGCGAGCAAAGAGCACAGUGGCAGCGAGCUGUCGAGCCACAGCGAGCCCAAAGAGGAGAAACAACAACAACUUGACCCAAGCAACCCUGCAGCAAACUGGAUUCACGCCCGCUCCACGAGAAAGAAGCGAUGCCCGUACACGAAAUAUCAGACUUUAGAGCUGGAGAAGGAGUUCCUCUUCAACAUGUAUCUGACAAGAGACCGGCGCUACGAGGUGGCCCGCAUACUGAGUUUAACCGAGAGACAAGUGAAGAUCUGGUUCCAGAACAGGAGGAUGAAAAUGAAGAAGAUGAACAGAGAGAGGGGCGGCAAGGAUCUGCUAUGA